AGGUGGUGAUACUCAGAAAAUGAAAGCAAGCAAAGAUGCUUUAAAAACAGAAGAAGAACGCAAGGAUAGAAGUCGAAGUUCAUACAGUGAGUUGCCUGAAGAUGAAGAUUCAUCUCCUGUUAAAACUAUGAAGAAAGAAUCUAGAAAAGGCAACAAAGAAAAUAGAGAGCUUAGAAUUUUAAAAAGGAGUAAAACAUUAAAAGAGAAGAAUGAUCCUGAUAGGUUUAGUGGUGAAGGAAUCAAUUUUAAAGCUAAAAUUAUUGGAACUGAGCAUGUUUUUGAUGCCAGAGGAAAUCGAAUGUGUCAAGGUGCCUUACAAAGACUUAAGGCAGCCGUUAAAACAUCAGGAGAUCAUAAACAGAGGAUUAUCUUAAACAUAUCCUUUCAAGGAAUCAUAAUCAAAGAUGAAAAAACUGGGGAGCCACUUCACCAUCAUCCGAUUCAUAAGAUUUCCUUCAUUUCUCAAGACACGAGUGAUAGCAGAGCUUUUGGUUAUGUCUUUGGUUGUCCCCAAAGUGGUCAUCGAUUUUUUGCUAUUAAAACAGAAAAAACGGCUUCACAAGUUGUGGUUACUCUUCGAGAUUUAUUUCUUGCUGCUCUCGAAAUUAAAAAGAAAGAAAUUGAAAAGGCAAUUGAAACACAGAAGGAUGACAGUGAAUCAUCAUGUAGCAAAGAUAAUUUUGAGGAAAAGCCUAUUUCUAAUGGAUGCAGUAUGCCUACACCUUCCAACAGUGCAACAGUUGUGGAAAAUGGUUAUAGUAAUAACAGUGGUGUGAAUCAUGAGCUUUUAUAUUCCAAUACAGUCUUUCUCCCGGAAGAAACUGAUGUUCAGAAGAAAGAUGAAGCUUCACCAGAAAAUAAAGCAGAACCAGUUAUAGAUAACUUGCUUGAUUUACAGUUUGAAAUGGAUACGCUACAACAAGGAAUAUCGCAAAUGGAUAAUAGCAUUGCAUCUGCAGUUACUCAAGGUUAUGGAUUUUCCUUUUCAGAAGAUGAUGUUUCAGAGUCAAGUUGUGGUUCUGUUCCCACGCCAUUUCAUUUUAAGUUAGAUAAAUUGUCUUCACUUUAUCAAGAAACAUUAUCAGUAUCAUCCAGAUCUUCAUCUACUUCAGAUUAUAACAUUUGCAACCCUGAAAACAAAUCUGAUGAUAUUGAAAUGUUAAGAAAUGAAGUAUUUGGUGUUGUUUCACCUGUCAAUCCUGUUCAAGAACCUAGCGCAACAUCAUCUGGUUUGAUUGAAGAUUCUAACUCUUAUUCAGAAAUUUCUGACCAAAGCAAUGCUACAUCAUCAAAUACUGCUGAAGAUCGCUAUGCAGUAUUUUUAGACAUUGAUUCUUUACCUAGUAUUUUUGAUAAUCCAGACAUUGUCAAGUCUUCUCACUCACUUGAAAAAGUUGAGCUUUUGUGUUCAAGUAAAGAAAAUAUUAGUAAUACAAGUAAUGAAAGCUCUGACAUUGUUACGGAAGUGAAAUCCUCUACACCCAUUGUAUUUGCAGAAUUAGAUCCUUUAGGUUCACAACCUUACGUUGAUAAAAAAGAUUUCUUCUGUGACAUUAAGAAUCCUCCCAAAAAGGUGUUAAAAGAUCUAGUUGGUGAUAGUUCAGAGCAUUUUCCAAGUUCUGUAGAAAGUGACAGUUCAGAGCUCUGUCAAGCUUCUUUGAAAAAUGAUUCACUUUCAAAUCCUACUGCAAGUGAUUUGCAUUUUACUUUUGAGAAAAAGCAGCAGUUUAAUCCAUUUUCAGAGGCCAGCAACUUGCCGGCUCCUGCUACUCCUCCAAAGUUGCCGCCCAAAAAAUCAGCUUGUACUUUACCAACAAUUCCUCUCUCUUCUCAAACAAAUGGUGAAUAUGAGCCUGCUACAGGAGACGCAGCAUGGGGCACUAAAAAUCCAUUUAAUCCUUUUGCUAUUGAGGAUUUCCCUGACAUUCCCCCACCAAAUUCUCCUCCUCCACCACCACCUCCUAGAUUACCUACAAAACCAGAAUAUCCUAUUAGUAUGUCGCCACCACCACCUAGACCUCCAAGUCGUACAAAUGGUGUGCCAACACCUCCCCUGCCAAGGCGAAAAAUGCCCAUUGCUAAUUGCAAUCGGUCAUGGUUCUCAUUUGACCAAGAUGCGGCGUCUAUGUCUUCAAUACCAUCAAACCCAGACAUUGAAAGCCAUUCCAAUCAGUUUUCUCCUCCCAUUCCAUCACCUGCUCGAAAAAUAGCUCCCUGUAAACUUGAAUCAACAGCGCUUAAGAGUUCAAGUGCUUCUAAUAGUCCAGCUACUAUACGAAGGCUUCACAAUCAGAGCCCAUUAUUUGGCAAUUCUUCUCUUUCAAGAGAAUCGAGAGAUGCAACAAAGCAUAAUAAUGUAAAUAAAUCUCCCCAUAAAAUGUUGUCACGCCAUUCAUCCAUAUUGCAAGAAAGUGAUACUGCAACUGCAUAUAGUCUUUUUGUUCCAUCAAAUAGUGUAAUUAUUGAUGAAUGCUCCGAGAAAACAGAGUCCUCGAGUCACUCACCACCCUUGCCGCCAAAGCCUGUGUCAAUUUCUCGUCCUAGACCUUCACCCAGUAAAAAAAUGCUUGCUACAGCAAAAAACAGCAGUUCGUCUCAUUACAGUUCAAACAUUUCUGGCACAGAAACAGCAAAUAGUACUCAUUCAUCAAGCUCAUUGGUAUUUUCAAGUGUGGAUGAAUGCAAAAGUGGUAGCAGUUCUGAAGCCCUUUUUGUCAACAGUACUGGAAGUCAAUCUGAUGUGUUUUCCCAAAGUAGCCAAGAACAGUCUUCCAGAAGUCCAGAAGAAAAGCCUUGUGAGUUAAGUCCUGACAGUAUCUUCCGCAGAAAAAGUGAUCCUUUUGCUGAUGACUUCUUUUUAUCACUACCCAAAAGAUCUUCGUGUGACAGUGAACCCUUUGUGAUGAAAAAUUCUCUGAAACAAAAUUGUUCUAAUGGUGUUGAAGCAAAUUUUGAAGACUUAAAGGCUCCCACGUAGUCAUGAAUGAAUUGUCAUCAUGAAGCCAUGGAAACGAAGUGUUUUGUAUUUUUUGUAUAGCUAGAUCCUGUCCAUAUUUAAUAGGGAGCUAGGGAGCUUAUGUACUAAGAUUUGUCUCAUUUUAAGAGCUCUUUAGAAUACAACCUUCUUAGUUCCUGGGGACAAAAACUAGGCCUUACAGAAAGCCAUUUUAUAAAUGUGCCACAGUAUUAGGAUAUUUUUAAAGAAAUUUAGAUUUUAUUUAUGAUGAAUUUUUAAUGUUAGAUCUGAAUUUUACUCCCAAGAUCUGAUUUUAAAUUCUGUGAUUAAAAAUUUGUUCAGGCACUUGUUAAUAUUUUCAUCAUUCAUGUUAUGUUUAAGUAUAUUUGUUUUCCUAUUUUGUUAACACUUUCCUUUGAAUAUUUAGUGCCAUUCUUUGAAUUUACUUCUCAAGAACAAAUUUGAUUGUAUUAAAUAGUUUGGUAAAUAUAAAUAUUGACUUUAACCUUUUAAAUAUUCAUAAAAUGUGUGCAAACUAAAGGAAGACUUGUUUGAAAACUAUACUUUGGUUUUUCAAUGCGUUCAAAAAGUAAGUAAAAAUUUGUUAACAUAAAUUAAACACACAUGAAUGAAUAUUUUAAUUAUUUUUUAUAUUUACAAAUAUUGUUUUAUGUUGCUUACAUGUGUUUUUAGGUUAUAAAAUUUAUACGGACAUUUAUUUUAGAGCUAAGUUAUUUAAUCAAUUUUUUGCUUUUUAAAUAUUGUUUUUCAAUUCUGAAAACUGUUUGACUUGAAUCUCUUUUACUACAAGUUCAGUACAUGGGUUUCAUUCUCUACUUAAUUUUUGCUUUGUUUGCUACUAAAAAGUUCUUUUCUACUUCAAUACAUUUAUGUAUCAGUUUAUAUAAUAUUAUUUAAUUUCAAAAAUAUUUUUUUUUCUGUUACCAUUUUUAUACUAUCUAAAUUAUGUUCCUCCUCUUAUGAUAUAUUGACAUAUUUAGCUGCUGUUAAAAUUGCAUUCAGUGAGAUCCUCAUCUCUUAUGAAAAUAAAUGUAAUUUGAAUUUUCAUUGUUUAUCAACAUCUG